CUUUUCAUCACAUAUAUAGCCUAAACAUGGUUGAAGGAGCUCACCAAGAAGGAUAUUUUUGGGAAAGCGAUUCAUGGGUUAUGUCUGGCAAAUCUAGCGGUGGGUUUGGUAAAGGUGACAGUGGAAAACGAUCUCCAGACAAUAAAAACUUAAUCGAACCAAGUAUGGAUAAUAAUAAUGCCAGUGAGAUGAAACUACGGCUCGAUAUGCAACGAGGUACAAGUGGUUCAAGUGAUGGUAGCAAGAGAAACAAUGACACUAGUUUUGCGGCGAAAAAUGAUGAGGAUGAUAAGAAGAAGGUAAUUAGCCGCAAUAAGGGAAAAAGAGAGGGGGUUGAGCCAGCAAAUGAACAUGAAUUGCAUAUAUGGACAGAGAGGGAAAGGAGAAAGAAAAUGAGGAGCAUGUUUCAACAACUUCAUGCCUUAAUACCUCAACUUCCUCCCAAGACAGACAAAUCUACAAUUGUUGAUGAGGCAGUAAGCUACAUCAAAACCUUGCAACAAACCGUCCAAAAGCUUGAAAGAAAGAAAUUAGAGAGGCUUUAUGGUGUAGCAUCCAAAACAACUAUUGCUUCUCCAAUUGAUCAGCAAUCCAAAAUGGCCUUUGGCACUAGGGAGUCGUUUUUAGCCGAUCAGGGUUCAUCAACCAGCGAGAUCUCGCCUUCUAGCUCAACCUCAUUUCCCUUCCCUUUACGUUCACCAACGGUCUUUGAAACAUGGGCUUCUUCAAAUGUCACUUUGAAUGUGUGUGGCCUAGAUGCACAUUUUAGUAUUCUCUGCUCGCCUAAGCCUGGACUACUUACUGCGGUUUGCUUUGUGUUCGAGAAGCACAAUUUGGAAAUCGUUUCUGCUCAAAUCUCUUCGGAUCAAGUUAAAAGCUUGUUUAUGAUUCAUGCCCAUGCAAACACUCAAGAUCGGUUUGCAGAGACUUCUCCUUACGACGAGAUAUACAAGAAGGCUGCAACGGAGAUAAUGCAUUGGGUUAACUCUAAGUAAAUCAUGAUCGAUUUUCCAAAAGAGUCACUGCUGGUUGAUCGUUGGAUACAAAUAUAUUUCUUCUGUUUUGUUAACAUUUUGCUACUUGAAAUUAUUAAUAAUAAUCCUUUUAAUUUUUAAA